GUCAGUCUCACUGAGUCACGUGACCCUCAGAGUUCAGACAGCAGCGGCGGCGGCAGCAGCAGCAGAUCAUGAAGUGCGUGUGGAUGUGUGCGUUGUUCCUGUUCACUCUCAUCCAUGGCGGUUGGACCAUCGGUGAUCAGCGCUGGUCUAAUGAACCCCACCACAGGCUUGACCCCGAGGUCGACAUGAACAUUACACAGAUCAUUCGGCGGUGGGGUUACCCUGCAGAGGAGCAUGAGGUCGUGACAGAGGAUGGCUACAUCCUGACAGUCAACAGGAUCCCUCAUGGACUCAGACACUCUGCAGGUCCGAGGUCAGCUGUCUUCCUGCAGCACGGACUACUGGCUGCUGGCAGUAACUGGAUCACCAACCCUCCCGACUCCAGUUUGGGCUAUGUGUUGGCAGAUGCCGGCUACGAUGUAUGGAUCGGGAACAGCAGAGGGAACACCUGGUCCAGGAAACAUAAGACUCUGAAUCCAGACUCUGAGGACUACUGGAGGUUCAGCUAUGAUGAAAUGGCUCUGAAGGAUCUCCCUGCCGUUAUCAACCAUGUUCUGAAGGUGACGGGACAGGAAAAGAUCUUUUACAUCGGACACUCCCAAGGAACCACCAUUGCAUUCAUAGCGUUCUCCAAGCUGCCUGAGCUGGCAAGUAAGAUUCGGCUAUUCUUGGGAUUGGCUCCUGUAGCGACCGUGGCGUUCACCGGCAGUCCUAUGACCAAACUCUCUGUCCUGCCAGAUUUUCUGAUCUGGGACCUGUUUGGAAAGCGGGACUUCCUGCCACAGAGCCAAUACAUCAAAUGGUUGGCUGAACAUGUGUGUGCAAAGAAGUUACUGAGCGAGCUGUGUGGAAACCUCUUCUUCGUCCUCUGCGGCUUUGAUGAGAAAAACCUUAACAUGACUCGGACUCCAGUCUACACCACUCACUGCCCUGCUGGGACGUCUGUCCAAAACAUGGUCCAUUGGGCGCAGGCUGUUCAUAAAGGGAGACUGAUGGCCUUUGACUUUGGACCAGAAGGAAACAUGAGGCACUACAACCAGUCAACUCCCCCAGAGUUUCGUGUCCAAGACAUGAAGGUUCCUACUGCCCUAUUUUCUGGGGGACAUGAUACUUUGGCGGACCCGAAAGACAUGGCUGUUCUUCUCACUCAGGUCUCCAACCUGGUCUACCAUCAACAUAUUGAGCACUGGGAACAUCUGGAUUUCAUCUGGGGGAUGGAUGCUCCUCAGGUUAUGUUUCCAUCCAUUCUGAAGCUGCUGCAGCAACAUCAGUAGAGACACAGAGAUCAUUCCUCUAGAUGACCAGCAGAAGACAAGAUGCCUGAGCUGAAGGUCCAGCAGCCAGGUUUUAUCAGGACCCUUUGUUUUUAUGUUUUUAUAAGGAAGUUUAAGGUGAUUGCGAAUUUAGAGAGAAAAAAUGGUCUCAGUUUGAGUUCAAAUAUGCUUUAACCCCUUUUUUAAAGACCCUCAAGGCUCCAGAACCACAAAAAAGAGAAGCAGAAUUAACUUUUAUGGCCCAGAACCAUCAGAAGCUCUGCACAGGUUUUUAUUAAACGUUCAUCUGAACUGUUUUAUAUUCAACCCACAGAAGUUUCAUUAAAGACAGACGCUCCUGUUGAGGGCAGAACCUGCAAAAGAACAGUGAGCGUUCGGUUUUCAUUAAAG